AUGGCUGAUGGCCAACUAAAAAUUAACGAGACUGUCGAUAAAAUAUUUCAUGGAGUAUCAUUGACUGAUAUUCCAAAUCUUUUUCAAACACCUCCAACUCUAAAGGAUAUGCAAGAUAUGCAUGAUGUUGGUCACACAUUUAUGAUCAAACCAUUCAAAUAUGAUCCAUCGAAUCCCAAUCGUGAACCGGAACCAAUUCAUGGAGUGGGAAACUAUUGGGAUAUAUGGAAUGACGAUCAUGUUCGUUUGCCAUGUUCACCAUGUAAUGUAACACCACCACCAUUAUUGCGUAUUGAAACUAAUCGUUCGGUAACCAUGUCUCAACGACAGGCUGCUUCUUUAUUAGCUUGUGCUUUUUUCUGUCUUUUUCCUCAUCAAUUUAAUGGACAAACAAGUCAAACAUAUCAGAGUUUCAAUUUUAUUCAUCUUUUGCAAAGUGGAUCACCCUGGAAACUCGAAAAACUUAAAUGCAUUUUACAUUAUUUUCGGCGUAUAAGCGAAGAUAUGUCAAAAGGUGUUCUUACUUUUCGACGUUUUGCCCUUCCCGCUGUUUGGAAACCGAACUGGAUCGAAUCACAUGCACCACUUUGUAAAAUUCAUCUAAGAAAAGAUACAACUAUCGAAGACAUGUACGGUCUUUUACAAGUUGACUUUGCAAAUGAAUUCAUUGGUGGUGGUGUGAUGAAUGAGGGCAUUGUCCAAGAAGAAAUACGUUUUACUAUUUGUACCGAAAUGCUUAUAAGCGUACUUGUUUGUGAAGUAAUGUUGCCGAAUGAAUGUAUCUUUUUGAUUGGCUGUGAGCAAUAUACAACAUACAGCGGCUAUGCAACUACAUUCAAAGCUAAAGACAACUUUUUUGAUAAAACACCCAAAGAUAGCUGGGGUCGAAAAUUAUCUCAUGUUGUAGCUAUGGAUGCAAUUAAUUAUUUGAAUCCUCUCGAUCAGUACACUAUUGAGUGUAUGAGUCGAGAAUUGAUCAAAGCUUACACAUGCUUUCGUAUUCCGAAAUCAAUGGAAAAGUCCAUGUUCGGUAUAGCAACUGGAAAUUGGGGCUGUGGUGCAUUUAAUGGUGAUAGACAACUCAAAGGUAUGAAUUAUUAA